AUGCCUUUCCGGCCAGGAAGGGCUUUGCCUCCCUACCGGACGGAGAAGUACUUACAUCCUCCAGAUUGGAACUCGAACGAUGCAUUUUUCACCUUCACGCGUGGCCGCUUUGUGGUAGAUGAGGCUGAGAAUUUUCGAAAACGAGAGAUCAGGUUCGACUUAAAUCAGCUGGCGAGAGUCGCAGCGGAUGCAGUCGGUGCUGCUCACUGCGUUUCUGUCAGGAAAUACCCAGAUGGCAUGUUCAACAAGGCCUUCCUGUUGACUAUGAACAACGGUCGAGAAGUGGUAGCAAAGGUGCCUAAUCCAAAUGCCGGCAUUCCACACUUUACAACGGCAAGUGAGGUUGCCACCAUGGACUUUGCGAGAAAGGUACUUGAUACACCAGCGCCUUUGGUCCAUGCGUGGAAUUCACAAGCCAAAACCCACCCUGUUGGGGCCGAGUUUAUCAUAAUGGAUAAGGUGGAGGGCGUUCCUUUGUCCCAAGUCUGGACUACUAUGCAGCUACCUCAGAAACUCCAGGUGCUGCUUGCAGUGACGCGCAUGCAGAAGCGAUGGCUGAGUGUUUCGUUCUCACAUUACGGGAGUUUGUACUACGCGAGCCACGUCCACCCACCAGCUGGUAGUCAGUAUCUUAAGGAUGGCAAGGCCGUGCUGGAUUCAGAAUUUACUCUUGGCCCAGCCACAGGACGAGGGUGGGUUGAUGCAGGCCGGGCAACUUUGGAUAUCGAUCGAGGCCCAUGGACUUCAUUGACACAGUAUCUGCAAGCGAUCGGGAAGCGAGAAACACAAGCUAUCCGGCUAUUAAAAGCUCCAAAGCAGACCGCUUUAUUCUGCGGUCCAGGGCUCUACCGGCCAAAUCCGGAAACAAAGCUCACCGCCUUAACACACUACCAGCAAAUCGUCGACACUCUUGUGCCAGAUGUAGAUACUAUUAGGUCACCAUACCUCUGGCAUAAUGAUUUGCAUGAUGAUAACAUCUUUGUCGACGCUUCCAACCCGGAAAAGAUCACGGGUAUAAUCGAUUGGCAGUCCUGCCAUAUUUCGCCUCUCUACAGCCAAAAUCCCGACCCUGCCUUUCUUAACUGGGAUGGCCUUGAACCAGAGACACUCGAUCUUCUUCCAAGGCCAAAACUCUCUGGACUUUUUCCCGAGGAACGUGCUGCAGCUCUUCACGAAUACGCUUACAACAACGUAUUCAUCAGUUGGAGGAAACUCAUGCAAGCCAAGAAUCCAAAGCUAUACCAGGCUGUUGAGUUUCGAAAGACAGCGGCGUACGGAUUAAUCUUUCUUGCACAAAGGAUGUUUGAAUAUGGCGAGGCGCACUUUGAAUCACUUCUAGCCGACCUAAAGGAUACUUGGGCCGAGCUACCUGUCGUAUCUAGCAACCGCCCGUUUCCAUUUACUUUCUCGGCAGAAGAGUACGAGCGUAUCAAAAUUGACAGUGAUAACGCGGUAGCAGGGACAGAGCUUGUUGCGGAGGUCAAGGAGAAGCUAGGUGAUUUGUGGCCAGAUAAAGGGUUCAUUGAGCAUGAACGAUUUGAUGAGUGUAAAGCUGCUCUUGAAGAUGUCAAGAGUCAAAUCUUGGAGCAAUUGGCUCAAAGUGAGGAAGAAAGGGCCGAGUUAGAACAUUAUUGGCCAUUCAAAUAA